AUGGCUUGUCCAGUCAUUCAUAAAACACUCCAAGCAAAGAUGGAGGCUGCAAGAGAAAAGCACUGGCACUAUUAUGCCAAAGGCAAUAUUUUACAAAGGCAGAAGGAUCUUCAUAUGUGCAUAAAGAAAUGUGACAAGGAAGCAGAUGCAUUAUCAAAAGAGAUUGCGAGAGCUGUGAAGAAAGCCUUGCAUGGUUGUGACAAUGACAAUGAAUCUGAACUGGACACCAUUGAUUCCAGUGACAAUGAUGAAAUUGACACACUAUCAGAUCUUCCAAGCUGCUUACUCACUAUCAAACACGCCAAGGACAACAUGCUCAAAUUGAUUGGUGCUGACCCAUGCGAAUUCACUGAGGGUGAAUUGGCCAAGUUUGUCAAGAGCAUCCCAGAUGAUCACACAACUAAGGGUGAUAUCUCAAUAAUUGCAAACUCAAUUGCCAAUAUCAAAAAACUACUCAAACAUGUAAUCCCUGUGCAAGACCAGAUUCUCAACUUCUGUGGAGUCUCACCUGAGUGGCAUGCUGCAGACACAGUCUCGCGAUUCCUAAGGACUAGUGUUGCAUAUUUGGAGGACAUUCAGAUGCUUGAAAUGUCUGGAGGAGUUCCCGAGCUUACAGCAGCACACUUGUUGGGAGAGCUGAUGUAUCAGAAGGGGAUCAAGAUUUGA